AUGUCGCGAGGAAUCGAGAUGUACGGCACCAUUGCCUCCUUACCGGCACCGUUCGAUGCAGAGAAUGGACGGAGUUUUGCGGCUCCAGUACACAGCAUUUCCGGCUCGAGGAAGAGAAAAAGACAUGAAGUUGUUGCGGGUGUCGACGGCGAGAGCAUCAACAUCUACAACAUUCAAACUCAUAGCACCGUCAGCUCCUAUGCGCUUCCACCACAGACAUAUCUCGCCGCACCGCCCUGUUCCAUUUACUGCAAACGAAUGAAACCCCAACAACCUCAGCGUCGCACAUACCUGGCAGUCCGCGACGGUGUAGCAUCGACCAAAGCGCGAUUGAUUACCUUCACCGAAGAAUUGGGCAAACCGCACACCGAAGAGCGUGAACCACGGGCACCUGCGAGGCGAGAGCGAAAGCUUCGGCAUAGGGACGUGGCUGGGUUUGAAGUGGUUCAGGUGGGUGAUGGGCAGGAGAACGAUGCCAGCAAGUCGGGCGUGCUCGUCUUUUACCAGGGCGGUGACAUUGAUUGCGUCAGCGGCGACCUGACAAGCGUGAGAUGGGAACAUACCGCGAGUGAAGCCGACGUCGACGUUGAGCUCUCCGCCGUCGUAGACUUCGAAACCGCCCGGAGAGGCCUGCUCAAGAAUCGGGAGGAUGUUCUCGCCGUGCUCGACCCGGGCAAUACUGGAGCUUCACACAACGCACCUCUGAUACUCUGCCAAACCUUGCGGAUAGGGACGGCGAGACGAGUCCGGAUUUACGCACUACGAAACGUUGUUGGUGAGACGUUGCAAAGCAGUCGCUCACCUUUGGAGGAGGUCCUGACUUUCGAAUUGUCUUCGCGAGCAGCGGCCAGCGACGAGCGUGCUCGCUACGAGUUGCACGCGGCGUCUGGCAUGCUCUACCAGCUUCUACGUCAACGAUUAAUCGCGUACGAUCUUUCCGCUACCACCCCAAAGAUAGCAUUCGACCUGGGGAAGAAAGGUCAUCCAGGCAUCAACACUUUUGCCCGACUGUCUGCCGCGAGCGUGGUUGCCAUCUCCUCCGAUCGGAUCGCGGUUCAUGACACUAAAUUCGGCUCCGUUCUGGGAUCGCUCUCUUUGUCACCAAAGGACGAUCCGUUGGCUAUCGUUGCCAACUUUACCGACUCGAGCUUGUGCGUAACCUUGCAAGGGUCUGAACUUGUCGCCAUCCAGCUCGGCGAGUUGGGUGACGCAAAGCAUUCAAGGUCGGCGGGUCCUCUCCUCGCAGAAGUGCUAGGAAAGGGAAAGGCUUCCGCAGAUGCCAAUGUCACAGAUAUUUCACUCACAAGUGUCAAGAAGCAAGCCAAAUGGGAUGAGUGGAAAGGCAUAGUAGAUGCGUUCAUUACAGCUGGCGACAUUGCAGGCCUGGAAGAUUUCGUCGCGAGCAAGGUUGUCAAGGUCGGCAAGGCUGUCGGAGACGGUAUUCCUGCUCUGACCAACGGCUCUGCCGGUGAGACAUACGAAUUGUGGGACCUACCUCCUCAUGCCUACGAUCCUCAGCAUUUGGAUCCCAAGAAAAGUAACUACAUUCUGAGUCGAAMGUUUGGGUGGAAAGAGGACGGUUCGGGGCGGAAGCUGGAGCUGAAGAUCAACUCAAGGAACAUACUUCGCUGGUUCACCAUGAGCGGAUACUUGAAUGCCGAACAUCUUCAACAGGCGUUGCCUAACGAUUCCAACGAUGCCAAUCGACCUAUCGUGGCAGCUGGGGACAUCAUGUCUGCCAUCAGCGAGGUCGACAGCAACUUCAUUCUAAUGUGCGAGUUGAUCACUCUUGACGCGCACUGGGACAUUUCAGAAGUUGUGCAAGGUCUCAAAAUCCUCAUGGAAUCCUUCGAGGAGAGGAACCCGGAAUACGUUGCACAACUACAACUUAACGGCAACUCCGACAUUUCAAUGAACGACCUCGACGAUGAGAGUCGAUUCCAAGUCGAACUCGAGGCUGCCGAAGCACAGCGCAAUGUAGCCGAGGAAAUGCUGACUUUGGGCGUCACCAUUCGCAGCGAAGCCUUUCGCGUCCUCCUCGCUCGGCUUUCCGGAUUCCCGCAAAAGGAAAUGUCGAAGACAAUGCGAUCCAUGUGGUCACAGCAAGACACUCUCUUCUUCAUCGCGAUUCUUCGCCUCGAGCUCAUCGAUGGGGGUUGGACGAAACUCUACGUCGAUCCUGAAGAUGAUACCGUCUCGACCUUCAGAGGCGCGGUGGAUCAGGCUCAAGAAGUCUCCCCACGCAACGAGGCCAUCAGAGUCAUCGCGACGCUGCUCAGCUCUGCCAUUGACGCCAUCGGUUUGAGUGGAUGGCUCAUUGGUCYCAGCAGCGAUGCAGAAGGGACCUCAGAUCUCGUUCAGACUUUGAGACUUGAACUGAGUGCCGUGCUUGAGGGACUCUUCAUCGACGCCCAGCUUGACAGCUGCAUCACCGAGCUUAGUAAGACUGCCGGGUCGGUGGAGCCUACUUCGCUGGGAAAGCGCAAGAGACACGAGGAGCUACAAACUGUUGUAGCACCAGAAAAUAUCCAUAUGCCGCUGGGAGGGCGGUUCGACCCGCCGACAUUGGGCAACGCAAAGGAGAAGAAAAGUAGUAGGAUUGCGAUGGCGGAGAAGAAGAGUCGGAGUGUUGGGAAAUAUUCAUUCGAGCAGAUUAGAUUCUAG